AUGUCUUUUGCAAAUUUUACAAAUAAAAUGAGGAGAGCUCUUGGUGGUGGUCCGAAUAGAGACACUGAUCAAUCGUUCGAACAAGCUAGAAAGGAAUUCAAACAUGAAUCGGAUCAUGUAAACUCGAUUUUCGAAGCAUUGAAGAAACGUGAUAAAAAUUUAGCCAAGUUAUUUUUGGAUCCAGAGAGUUUAAAUAAAAAGUUAACUAAACAUUUGCCUGAUGAUCAUCCAUUGCAUCAGUACAGUCAUCAGAUUGGUGCACAAAUUGAGAAUGUCUACAACGAUUGGAUCGAUAGCAACAAGCAAUACAAUGAGAGUGUCAAUCGAUGCAUGAAUAUGAUCAAGAGUAUUCGCGACUCUAUCACUGCACGUGACAACCUGUUGUUGUCGGUGGAGCAAUCCGACCAGCGUAUCAAACAGCUUCGCGAGAAGACAUCCGCUGAUUUCAAUAAGCUCAAUGCCGAGGAACAGACAAACCGUGCAAAGAAACAAGCAUAUCUCACCAAGAACUACAAUACUCUGCUGGAUAUUCAUCGAUUCUUUGAGGAGAAGAUCACGCUGUUUGACGAUUCACUGAUGCGUAUUCAACACUCACAGACUGCACUCUUCCAGAGUUUGUAUCAAGCAUUCGCGAGUUGCGACGGACAGCUUGCACGUCCACCACCCGCCAUCAAUCCAAUCACCGUACUACUACCGGACGGUCCACCAAACACCGAGGACAUUCAAGCCGGACCAGAAGGUUCCAUAAAGAGUGGAGCUGUCAGUCCACAGAAUGGCGGUGGUGGCGGAGGACAACCACAGCGUCCAGCCAGAUUAAACAACAAUUUAUACAACAACAAUGCACAUCGUCCAUCUCCACCACCACCUCCAUCCGCACCAACAGGUCCAUCUUCAUACAAUUCACCGCAACCAUACCAACCACAACCAUCACCUCCACAACAACAGUAUCAACCACCACAGCAACAAUAUCAACCUCCACAACAACAAUACCAACCUCCACAACAACAAUACCAACCACCACAGCAACAAUAUCAACCACCACAACAACAAUACCAACCACCACAACAACAGUACCAACAACCACCACCACCACCAAGACCACUCUCUCUCAAGAAUGUUCCAUCCUCGAUUCACGAUAUAGAUAUUGAUAGUUCGCACCAUCAACAGAUGUACCCGACUCCCUCUCAAUAUGGUGCACCAACUUCACCACCUUCACAUGCAGUAAAUCAAUAUCAGCCACCAGCAAGACCAUCACCACCAGCACAAUAUAAACCACCAGUACCAUAUCAACCACCACAGCCAGCUGCAAAUAAUCAAUAUCAACCUCCACAACCAUUCACAGGUCAGAGACCACCAUUCAAAAAAUAA